GAAAUGUGUGUGAACUUGCAAUAUGAAAUUUCACUCCAUAACUCUUUUCAGAUUCCCAUCUAUCAUGACAGCCAUCCGACUUCGAGAAUUUGUAGAGCGUCGCCCAGUGGUUCCACCCAGUUUAUUUAUCACUCACCAAGGAAGGGACAUCAAAGGCUAUUACCCUGGGCAACUGGCAAGACUCCAUUUUGGUAACAGCGUGAAGAGGGCUCCAAGACCCCUCAUAGACUUGACAAUUCCACCCAAGAGCAAAACUCCAUAUCAGCCUCAAUUGGACCAGCAAACCCUCAUUAGAUACAUUUGUUUUGAAAGAUUGUCAAGGCCUGUGCACACAUGGUAUAAUGAAACAACUUACCAAAGAGACUACUCCCUGCCAUUUUAUGAAACUGGUUUGGAUCAUAAAUUGGGCACGAUUUCAUCAAAUCCUAGACCACUUAAUUCACUACCAGAAGUCUACUGUUGUGAGAAGAGAAACAGCUUUGCAAGAAACACUUUUUAAAAUUAAAUGGAAAAUUGGUCAGGAAAUCAAGAUCCAGCCUUGAGAACAUUUGACAUCUGUUGAAGGGGGCUAGCUGUGUAUUACAGCACUUGUCUGCAACA